AUGUUAAGGAAAAGUUUGCAAAUCCAAGCAAUACCACUCUCUGUGCUGCCCUGGGAUAGGAGGAAGUGUGUGUGGAUCGCUAACUCCGUUAUUAUUCAGUGUAUAGUAGUAUUCGUGGGAUCUGGCACGAUACUCCAUUGUGUCUGGUCUCCGGACAAUUCCAACUUGGACUUCGAUAAGCUGGCCCGCAUCAUGUACUUGUAUGACCACUUCGCCUGCGAGUACAAGUUGCGAACAGCCUCCGCACUGUCUAACAUUCGACUUCCGAAUGAUACACAUGGCCUUGAUGUACGACCGAUCCAAUGGAAACAAGCCCUUGUGACAGUGUCAACCAGAUUGACUUCGAAAACCAGAAAGUACAUAGAACUCAGUAUUGGAGUGCACGUAUUUUGGCUGGUCUUCGCCAUCAUUAUGAACAUCGUCAUCAGAAAAAACAGAGACCAGGGCGUUCUCAAGCUCGUUCUCACAACAUAUUUCUACUACUCGGUUGCAGUAGUUAUCUUCGACCUUUCUAUGGCUGUCGUCUACAUUGCCCAUAUCCAGCAAAGCUUGACCAAGGGCAUGGUCCUUAGAUAUAGCGGUUGGAGUGUUGAAUUAAAGCUGAAGAAUUACGAUGACUUUGCGGGCUGGCUACCCAUGAUCGCAUCUGUUCUCUGGAUGAGAGGAGUCAUCAUACUAAUAUGGAACAUCUACUGUUGCACAGUCGUUAACAAUAUAAGGCGAAGGAUCAGGAAAAGAGAAGUUAAAACAAGAAUCGGGAGGAUAGCAUACCAUCCCAUCCCAGAACCGAGCCACCAUCAACCGGACGACACGUCCGUCCUCUACUACAGAACCGGUGAAAAUAAACCAUUCGUCAAGACCAAUGUCUUAUCCAGAGUAUUUUACAAUACGAGUCAUAAUUAACACAAUUUGUGCCGUCUGCUGUUAAAAUAUUGUUCAUCGUUUACAUUGUAAAUUUUAA